CCUCGGACGGAACGGAGCGCGAUAUUCAUUCGCGGAGUAAAAGCGAAAAAGUAAACUCCUCGCCGCGUUAGUGCGCCAGCAAUUUUCGUUUAGUAAACACAUGCCCCGGUUGGGCUCGAGAGUUUUGCUUUCGGUGGUUGGUUUUGGCCGAUUUGAAACACAAUAAGCGUGAAGAAACAAAUAAGCAAGCAUCAGUCGGUAGUGGAAAGCUGGUCCUGUUGGCUGAGUGGAGCUGAGCAACGAUACGGUUCGCAUCUUGGACGGGGUGUAGCCAAAGUACUGGCUGCAAACAUUAAACAUCUCGAGUUGUUGUAAACCUUCUCCACGGCGGGACGAAAGGUUCCUCUCCUGGGGAUUUCGUAAAUAUUGAACCACUUGGAUGAUAAUAUUUACUAGGCUCCGAUAUUUACUACUUGCAACCAGCAAAACACAUAUUCAGGUGGAUUAUCAAAGGCGUGGAGGUGUUUGGAAAAUAUUGCCGCAGAAGAAAAACAUUUUCCUUAAUAGUUCUGAUAGUUGUUACGGUGUGCACGGGAGUAGCGUGAAUGUUUUGGAAAAAAGUUUAUUAACAAACUCAGCGCAAUAAUAAAGUGAAGGGAAGUUAUUAUCGUAAUCAAAGGAAUAGUGUUUAGAUAACAGUGUGUUUGUGACAUAAGAAAUAGUUAGCAAAAUCGGAAGUGAAGCUACUAUUGACAGUGACCAAUAACGAGGAUUAUUAUUUAGGACGGCCUGUUCUAGAAAAUUUCAAAAAUUCUCAUCGGAAGUGAAAUUGACUACAUGUUGGCGACAACGGCCGCCAACAACGACAUGGCGCCUCCCGACGGGCACAUGCAGUACGACACAAAAUGGUCCACCAUGAACUUGAUAAACCUGCCAAAAAUUAAACAAGAAUCCUUCAACGGUCUCAGUCACUUAGGUGAGCAUGAACUUGUAGCACUGCCAGCGUACGAUCAAGUAAAAUCUCCCGGACCGCCACAGCUGCCCACCGUGAUCGAUAGGGUGCACGAGGAUGCGGAAAAUACGGAUGUGACCGCCAAUGGAGUGCCGACAAUCACCACAACCAUCAAAUCCGAUGAAAUCACAGUCAACGGCACACUGGUGGGUGAUGACAGGAGUACAACCAAUAGUUCGGAAAGCCCCACAGGUGGACAUAGAAAUUCAAACACCAAACCACCAUACAGCUACGUAGCUCUAAUAGCGAUGGCCAUUCAGAACUCCGCAAUGAAGCGAGCAACUCUGAGUGAAAUCUACGGCUACAUAACGUCACGCUUUCCGUACUUUGAGAAGAACAAAAAAGGCUGGCAGAACUCGAUCCGGCAUAAUCUGAGCCUGAACGAGUGCUUCGUAAAAAUACCCCGCGAAGGUGGAGGCGAACGCAAAGGGAACUAUUGGACUCUGGAUCCACAGUACGAGGACAUGUUCGAGAACGGAAACUACAAACGGCGGAGGCGAAUGAAGCGACCGUACCGGACGGGUCACUACUCCAAGAUGUUCGGCGACUCGUACAUGACCAAUCCGGGUAAUUUCGGCCGGCCGGUGUUCGCGCAAAGUCCCUACCAGUAUCCGCGGUACGAUACUGGGACGUCAUGGAUGCAGGCCCCCCAACUGAGUUCGUACACGCCGUGCUCAACCAGGUCCAAUUACUCAUACUCGACACCGCUGCAACAGCCGGUGCAACCUGUGACCAUUAACAGCUACGGCACGUUAUCGAAUAACUUAGUUUCGGGCAGCACACCUCCUCCGUGUCCGCGAAGAUUUGAAACCUAUUACUCUCCAUGGGAUACGGCAAUACUCCCAGUGGUGAAGGAGGAAAUUCCCAACCAGAUGAGCGUAACGUCCACCCAGCAGAACUACCAGAAAAGCUACCUUCAGCAACCCUAACAAAGACAAAACCUGCUGGCAACGUUGCCACGGUUGUCAACAUUGCUGCUACGAAAAACGCCACCCGACUGGACAACUCCAGCUCAGCUGCGUUCAUUUCAAUGUUCUACAUGUGGCAGACAACUCAGUCAAUAUUUCUGCUGUUGUAAGUUAAAAAGGGAAUGAUUUGUACUGAUCUAGAGAUUGGUGGUGCUUUUGUAAUAGAAUUUCACAAAACAUCUCAAGCCAAAGCUAUAUUUAAACCGUUAGUCUGCGAAAAUGCUACAGCAUUUUUUCUAUAUAAAAUAUGUUUUUGGUGAGGUCGUGCAUUAAAAUCUUGGCCAAAAUUUACCGUGUACAAAAAUAACAACCGCGAGAGAUGAUGAAUGACUUUUGUAAAAAAUACUGUAAGUUAUUGAUAAGACAGUUAUUUGGGAUCUCUAGUGUUAGGUCACAGAUGAGCAUUUGUAAGCAAAAAAUUGAUCAAACCCGAAGAAGGCUAUAUAAAUAUAAAUUAUUUAUUCAGUGGAGUAAAUGUUCGAUUAGUGUAAAAUAGAAUUACACAUGAUGUGGGCACCUUAAAUUCCUACAACUAUGUUUGGUAAAUUGAUGUAAAUGAUAAAAUUUCCGUCCAAACAGAUUUGUCAUGUAAAACUCAUUGCAAUUGACGUAUAUAACAAAUAAAAAAUCAGUGAAACUCAAA